AUGAUAUAUGCUAAACAUUUUCCAGACGUGGAGUCUGGCAAGCCACUGGCCUCAAAUUUGGUCCAGUACAGCUGGGAGAUCGAUGACGCGAUUUCUGAGCCAGCAAGCUUGUUUGGCAGUCAAUUCGCCGAUGAGGUAUCUGAGUCUGAAGUUGUCACUGCUACAGGCGACUCCGAAGCCGUCUCCUCUUCACUGUCACAGCUUCAACUGCUUGGACUUCGUGCAGGCACUUGGAGACGCGGUCGUUGCCUUGCCAACCUCAUUCUGGCUCGCCCAUCGAUAGUGGGACAGCAAGGCAUUAGCGAGAGGCGUACAGUUCACUCACUUUAUUUCACCUCAAGAAUCCGCCAGGAUGCUGAGGCAUCGGAACCACAGCCAGGCCUCCCAAUCACCGUUAAUGGCAUCACUUUUGAUCCCUUCGUCCGAAUCAAAGUUGAUGGAGUCGACACCAACAAUGAUACUGUCGGCCUGAAAAUCGGAGGUAGCAAGACUCUCACUUGUCAUUCAAUUGGUACGUAA